AAUAGUCAAAGACCCUCCUGUGUAACAUUAUAUAAUGUCUUGCAACUCUUUUUCAUGACUUUCGGAUUCAUGUGUGUGCCGGCUCUGUCAGCUCCCACAGACCCGCUGACCACUGCCCCUCACCCUUCUUCCCCCUCCCUCAGUUUAUGUUCUCCCCCUCCUGCCAUCACUCCACUUUUUUUGAGUCUUGAACACACCACACAGGCCCUAUGUGGUCUGCAUAUGUGUGUGUGUGCGUGUGUGCGUGUAUGUGUGGUGUGAUGUGGGGGGUUUUCAGUGCUGGAGGAGGAGUCCUUCAACUCACCUGAAUAAUACCUUCUUUGUGAGUGGAAGCCUUAUAUACUCACACUCUGUUGCUUUCUACCCUUACGCACCUCAACCCUCUGUGCGGACACUAACAUUCACAUCAUCCCGUGCCCUUAUCCAUCCAUCACUAACAUACCAAACGCCGCCAUGAGAGUCAGGAUGAGGAUGUUGCUGCUGUGUCUGGCAGCAGCUAUUUGUGUGUCAAACGCUCAGACCAACAACAGCAACAAUGACAACAGGCAGCAGCAGCAACAGCAGCAGCAACAGCAGCAGCAGCAGCAGCAACGCAGCAUCUGGGACGAGCCCAUCAGAUUCAGCACCAAGUCCAAAGACACCUGCACCAUGGUGGUUUCUGGAGCCGGGGACUACACUCGCCUGCGUGUCUCAUGCAAAGGUCCAAGCCAGGGCCAGACCGCCGGGCGCUCCUACUACUGUGACUUCCAGGGCAAACCCAACCUGUGCCGUGCCUACAACCUCAACCCUCGCCACUACUUCACCCAGAUGAUGUGGGACAUGAGGAAGCUGAGCCACGCCUGCCAGGGACCCAAAAUCUACCGCUCGCAGAUGUGCAAGAAGUACCCUGACGAGGCCCAGAUGACCUUCCUUGCCGCCUGGCCCAAGACCACCACCCCCAAGCCUUCCAAGCCCGUCCAGGAGCGUAAACCAGUGGUCCCUGCUCAGGCUAAGCCUGCCACUACUCCUAAACCUGUCAAGCCACAGCCCGUCAAACCUCAGCCAGGCAAGGGCCCCCAGAACAAGAAGACCACCCCCAAACCUGGGAAGACCACUACUCGUCCCACAGACCAGAGUGAUUCCAAAGCAUCCCGCAUCGCCUCUGAGUACUGCUGGAAGAGCUUCCAUGGAGUCUGCAGCUACUUCAUCAGCUGGUUCCAAAACUGAGCCAAUACCAAAGACAAAGGUUGUCAACAGCAGUGAUGGACCCGGUCAGAACUCUCCUCAUCUGCCUUCGACCUCUCCAGGAUCCGUGAGGGAGCCUCUGGAGUCAUUCUGUCGUCUUGUGAGGUCCAACUUCCCUAACUGCAACAUCUUCUGGGCUGAGCCAAAAACAUUACACCUACACCUGUGUACGGUUAGCGGAUGACUGCUUGUGCUGUCAUGUACAUGUCUUUUUCUUUUUUUUAUCUGUAAAACACACACAGCAAGGCUAAGGGGAAAAUAUGGCAGGCAUGUGAUUCUGUUUGUAUAUGAUGUAAAAGUCCCUUCUUGUGUCACAUUACUGUGAAGGUAAAGAGAAUAAAGUCAAAGUGGUGACCUUG